GUCAUUUCUACAAAAAAAACGCGGUUCAUACCAAAAUUUUCCCCCAAAUUCCUGCAAUUCCAUUCAAUCUCAUCAUUGUGGGAGUCUCCAAAUUUGUUCUAGUUUUACGUUUGAUUUUCAAUUUCGAUAUUUUUCCCAUUCAAUUCGUUCUUUUUCUCUUUCGAUUGAUCUCUCUCUCCAAAAUUCUGUUCAUUUCGAGAAUUCUAGGUUUUCACCGUCAAUCCUGAGAUUCGUUAGAUAUACUCAUCGAUUUUAUUUUUUAUUUUUAAUUUAUUAUUUAGAUAUUUUCCUUCUCGUUUCCCCUUUGUAAAUUGAUUUGAAACCCUAAUAUUUUUUCCUGAGAUCUUUGGACACCUUGGGUUUGCGUAUUUGUGGUGAUUGCUCAAUCUCCAGGCUCAUCGGAUCUGUGAAUUGAUUUAGGGUUUUGGUACGUUUAUAUCUUAAUUUGAUUUUACUGCUCUUUUGUAUUUUGUUCUGUUUUUGGGGGAAUUUAUACAUCGGGGGGUUAUGGUUUUGGGUGUAAAUUAGGUUUUUUAUAAGUUCCGUUUUUUAUAUGCAAUAGUUGUUGCUGAUAAAGUUUGAGCUUGUUUCUGAGUAGAAUUUUAUUUAAAUUUUUGCCAGUUAAACUCGAAACAAUGAUACAUGCAUGUGUUGCCUGGGAAUACACUAACUAAAUAGUCUAUCGUCAUUGUCUCUUUGGUGUUAUUUAAAUUUUUAUUUUUAUAGUUUUAAAAGUAUUUAUCAAUAAUGCCUUGUGUGUUGUUCCUUAUAAUUAAUUGUUGGUUUUUGUGGAAAAUGGGUGAAAGUCAUUUGCUACUGGUUUAAUGUUACUUCAUCCCUUCUCUUCUGUGUCAUUUAGUAGGAAAAAAAGUUAAAAAGGUGUCUUAAGUUGCGAAGAGAUAGUUUUCUUAAAGUGAAUAUGAUCGUCUACUAUCUUUUCAUACUUACCCUUUGAGUAUGUCAAAACUAAAAGUUACUAAUAUAGCUGUUGGGGUUAGCAUGUCUAUUAGUAUUUGUUUCAUUUUGUGGUGCUUCUUCCACCACCUAUUAGUUGCAAAGUGACUCGUCUUGCUUUGAUCAAGUUGGUUUUCAGACUAGUGAGCUGUUGCCUGUUAGGUCACUUGGUGUUUGUUGGAUGUUUCCAUGCAACUUGUUUGUUUGCUUUACGUGUUUUUACAAGUCUUUAUUCAGUUCCUAAUGUCCUGCGUUCAUGUAGUGUGUAGUUCCUAAUUGGAUAUAUAGUUACACGUGCCUCACAUAAUAAAUUAUGUUUUUUCCUGUAGUUAUUGUCUAUUUCCAAGCUUCCAAAAUUAUGUUCAUAACUUCCUAUGCUUGCUUUAUCAAAUUAUCUCAGUUGCUUUUACUCUUACUAAUCUAUAGACUAGGGUUCUUAAAAAGGACUGUCAAAAAGAAGCAUCCAGAACAUAGUCUCAAAGGAAGAAAAAGAAAGUUAUAAUGCAAUUAGGUGGUAAAUAAGUAGGUGUUUUGAGUUUUUACUUGUGUAUCUUCUUUCUUUGCUAAGAAUUUAAAUAUCUGUUCUGUUUAUCCUUAUAGUACAUAGAAUGGGAAUGAAACGUCCUUUGGAAGAGGGAGAUUUUCCAGAUACCUCUUUCAGGCAACCUAAACAACGGGAAUACCAUGGAAAGUUAACCUUAAAUGCAGAGGAAUAUCACAUAACUACUCUUGCAGUUCAAUCUCCUGAUGAACCGCAGAACAGCUUUUAUCGGUUACACUUUGAGCAGCUUGAAGAUGGUGAGGCCGAUAAUGCUUCUGUACCUGACAAAGAAGGGGAAACAAGUGCACCCUUGUCUUUGGUCACCAGCAGCAGCAGUGAGGAUGAUUCUGUUAUUGGGGAAACCUCUCACUGGUCUUGUUUUCCUGAAUAUAUUGAUAUUAAUAUUCCAAGGCGUCCCAUGAAUCAAAUUGAAGAGCCCUACACAGAUUUGUUUAACUCUCCUCCUAGGAAAGAAGUUCCACUUGGAUCUGAUCAUCAAGCUGAAGUCCCACUGUGGGAUCCAAAUGCCAGUUACUGUUGCGAUGAUUUCAGGGAGGAAAGAAUAACUGGGACCUGCAUCAUUGCAAUGCCUAACUUAAACAAUUCAACAAUGGAAGGAGUUGGAGUUGGGCGUGGCAGAACAGAUUGUUGUUGCCUGGAUAUGGGAUCCAUGAGAUGUGUGCAGCAACACGUGAAUGAAGCAAGAGAAAAACUACGAGUGACUAUUGGGUACGAGAAUUUUGUGGACUUGGGUUUCUGUAAUAUGGGUCAUGAGGUUGCAUACCAAUGGACCCCUCAUGAUGAAGAAGUCUUUCAUGACAUUGUUUACUCUAAUCCUGAAUCACAUGGUAGAAAAUUUUGGAAGCACUUAAGUGUUGCGUUCCCGACCCGAACCAAGAACGAACUUGUCAGCUACUAUUUUAAUGUCUUCGUGCUCCGGAGACGGGCUGUUCAAAAUAGAUCUUAUUUGUUGGAGAUAGACAGUGAUGAUGAUGAGGAGCUGAGAGGUGUUCAUGGAGGCUCCCGUCAGGACAGAUUUUAUUCGUCUGAUCAAGAAACUGAUAUUGAAGAUCAUCAAGGUCGCGAGGGGGAGUUCUAUCUCGUUGAAGGAGAAGAAGAGGACUCCACUGUCUAUUCCUUUGGCGACCAAGAUUUAGAUACAAGCUGGGUGGACGACUUCUGGUCCGAGCCUCAAAAUGGCAGCGGAGAACACGAGGUGAGCAAUCUAAAGGACGAUGUCUCUGAUGGUCAUGUUGAGAAGCUAGAUGCUGUCGAGAUGAAAUCCCGAGAAGAUGGUGAGACGUUGCCAAAUGACCCGAGGUUGUAUACCUAAUUUUUUUUUCUGGCCUUAAAAUUUGUUGUACAAAAACGUAGAUAUCGAUAGGGGCGGAGGAUAGUAAAGGCUAAAGUGUUGCCUUGCCUCGACGCCCAACAUAGUAAUUAAUUGAACCUAUUUAUUUAUACAGAAGAAGCUCUCGCUCUUGUAAUUUUGAAACCGAUUAUUUAUCUGAUUACAAUUAAGUAAUCAGUAUUUAAUUUGGCUACAUGAAUGUUAGGUUAGUUUGGAAUAAACAAUCUUCUUGCUUAUCA